GUCAAACUCGGAAAUUAUUUUUAGACCAGAGAGGCAGCAUAUUCCGUCACAUCAUGACCUCUUCCUAGUUGUUUUAGUAUGUUUGAUUUUUCUCCUCUAGUUGUCACAAAAACCCCCAUUUCACGAUUUCAUCGAAGUCAUUCGAUCGGUCAACAAUGAUUUCACCCCUGCUCGUCCCAAGUAAAGCGUCAACAGUGUGUAGUUGUAGUUUUUCUAAAAAUAGUUUUGAUAGUGUGCGUUUUUUCUUAAGUGUGUUACAUUUAUAGCUUCGCUCGCAUUUUUAACCAAUUGAUUGAAACAACAACGGCACGCAAUGGCUCUAGUAAUGCUCCCAUCGGAUCUGCCAUGGUGGGACUCGGUCAAGAAGCAGUUGAAGAAAAUAUCCGAAACGAAGAACACCGUCGAAAUUGUGCAAGCGAUGCAGAAAAUCUACGAAAUGUGCAACGUGAGUUUAGACCCGGAAGAUGAUACCAUUGAUCCAGAGCAAUUCGUGGGAUUUCUGGAUUUCCUGGAGACGGAAAUGAGUUGCGAGGAACGGAGCAAUUUCCUCAACCAGACGCUGCCGAAUAUCGUGAAAAGGGCGCUGAUGAUCAAAGAAUUGAGGCCUAGAAGAGGAGUGCACUUCAGUUUACAGCAACAAACUGAUGUGAACGAAUUCGACUACAGCUUUGCAGCUUCUUUGUUGGCCAACGCGUUUUUUUCCACGUUUCCCAAAAGGACGCACAAAAGUCAUCCGACACUGCAGAACUUCAACUUUGCCUCCUUUUUCAAAACAAUCCAAACUAGCAACGCGCAAAAGGCAAAACUCCGCAGCGUUUUGCACUAUUUCGACUGGCUGGAGAAGGGUGACAACGCUAAAGGGAGUCUGCGAGUUCUUCGGCAGGUGAUGCAUAGCAAGGAAUGGCUGACCAUCGACGACUGGCUGGAGUGCAGCCUUCAGUUGUGCCCCUUGCAGAUCAAGCACGAUGGCCAAUUGAACAGAUCCGAAGCGCAGAACUUGCAGAUUUGUUUUUCCAGCUCUAAACUUGGAGGUGAAGUACUGGGAACUGGAUGCACUCAAGAAUCCAUUAGUUUUGCAACCAUCCCAGAAAUGCUCACCGUGCUCCUUAAUGUGGAAGCAUUAGAAGACAACGAAGUGAUCACAGUGGAAAGAGUGAGGCAUGUGGCCCGGAUAGCUGAUCCCAAGCAUAAGGCGAAGUUUGAGAAGUUGGACAACGCCCGAGACCUAUUGCAGGUGACUGUAUGUUGCAUCGAUGCUGACGACUAUACCAAGCUGCCAAUAGGCCAGUACGAAGAAGACAACAUCCUGCGGGAGUUGAAUAAAUGCCUUUUGGGUUUCCAGCAGAAGAAAACGAGUUCCAGUGAUAGUCUAGAUGACCCAAACACGACAAGCUACACAUACAGCUACAGGCACAGAAGACUGUCUCCAAUUGGAGAAUCCAUUGGCUCCAACCAGUCGGAUGGCAACAACGUUCCAUUGAUCACUCAGCAAUCAUGCAGCACCACUAGGACUGACUCGCUUAUAUCGGAGAACAGCGGCAAUAAUAAUACGACCAACAUGCUGAAAGUGCGGCUUCAGGUGGAGAAGAACCCUCAAAGAAAGGGCACAGUAGAUGAAAGCGUGGUAAACAACCGAAGAGGCAGAUUUAUUGUCUUGGGAUCCUCAGGCGAGUGCCUGCCAGUCACCAGAUACCCCCUAAAGGUCCAAAAAAGCUUGUCGAGCGCCAGUUCCAGCGAAGAUGACUUUCACAGUGCCAAAAGUAGCUUAGACGAUGGAAGCGAAGACGAUAAUUACCACAAAAGGUACAGCAUAGACCUAGAAACGGCCGAAAGAAGGCACACAUUUGCUCAGCGACUGCGAGAGGCUCUGAAGAAGGAAGACGCUGCUGGACACUCAACUAGUUCAAGUGAGGAAGCCAGUUAUGCCGUUGGAAUUUCUGUUGCUGGGUCAGGAGUGAGAGAUUGUGAUAUAAAAGUGAAACGAGGUGGAUCAACUGGCUUUGCCCUCAAGGAAGACUCGUUAGGCGAAGAGUUCCUGGAAAUUUCCUUAAACAAGGAGAGACAAUGGAUUGAUAGAUUCAAAACGAAGCAAACAGCCUUGAGCAAAAAGGAGUCAAACAAGUCGUCGGAAUACAGUUUUAGUACAGAAUACAGUUCAGAAUUAGAGGAAGUUUACGAGCAGUUCUCCCACUGGCUGGAAAAUCCCAUUCUAGAGACAGACAAGGGCAACAAAAAGGAACUGGAUGCUCGAGACUUGGCAGUGGUGCGAUUUGCUGGCUCCCUACUGAAAAGAACGCUUAGCGAAUCUUUUGCUGGUGUUCCUGUGCCACUUACUGAAGCCUGCGACUCCACCUCAGACAACAUGAUCAAUUAUAGUACAAAAAAACAUAAAAUUGUAUUAAGCGCCAAAUCUCUCAGUUUGGAGCUGGCCAGGCAGAAGCACCGCUUAGCAGCUCAGUUGAGUUUGGAUUGUCGGUCGACUAAUCGGAAGAAUGAAACGAAUGCUUUAGACGAAACUAAUCCCAUAACCAAUAACAGCCGUAAAGCUUGGUUUAUCUCUUGCGUUACCGAAGCUAUUAUCCAAACAUUAGAAGAUAUUGAUUUCACGGCCUGUUUACCCUUAGAUCAGCAGGUUUCUGCAAUUGCAAGAACUUCCGCCAAUGGUUCCCGAGCAGUUACAACCGGAAACUGGGGAUGCGGAUCUUCGCGAAAAGGAGACGUUCAACUGAAAGUUGUAAUACAGUGGAUGGCAGCCAGUGUUGCAGGCAUUCCUUCCUUGGUUUACUACACUCACAAACACCAACAGCUGGCCAAGCUGGACACUGUUUGUAGAAUACUGAUCGAUCGGAAGUGGACGGUGAAAGAUCUAGCGGAAGCCACAUUGAGGUAUUCGAAUCAUGUGCUUAGAGGCAAGGAGCUAAGCGGGACGCUGUUUGAGGAGCUGAUUGGAAUGGACAGAAGCAUUAUUACCUAAGACAUAUCUGAGGCUGAAGGGAAUUAAUGACUCAAUAACUCAACUGGAUUUAAGGGUCUAUAUUAGCAAAUUAAUAAUCACACAUAACUAUGAGAACAAAAUUAUUAAAUAACUGUCUUCCUUACGCUAUAUUUUUGAAGAAGUAACUUUUCUAAGCACGGUGUAUAGAUUAAUCUUGCAAAGGAGUGUUUAUAGAGUAAAGGACAAUAAACAGAAAAAAACAGAAAA